GCGGGUUCAGCUGCCUUCCCCGCGCCGGGCUGGGGCCACUUAACGGGCGCAGCCUGACCCCGUCUUGCCACCGCUUACCCGUUCGCACGCGCCCCCGAGGGACGAACGUGGGCACAAGUACCCUACAGUGUGUGGGAAAGAGUUCGGCCGCGUGGAUUGGCUGGGUGACCUUUGGUCUGCAGCUUCAUUCAGCGGAGGCUCAGUUUCCCCAUCUCUAAAACGGGCACGAUUCAUACCACCGCCUCAGGGGCUGGUUUAGAGUAUGAAAAGAUAAGCAACGGGCAGUGACAGCGUGGCUGUCACUCGGCAGGCGCGCGCUGAAUGUUAGUCAUCUUGGGGAAUGGUGGCGGCCCCCUCCAGGCCCGGGGACGGGAUAGCCGUCCCGCCCCGGCACCUGAGUCCGUCAUCCCUGUCCCUAGCCCCGGCCUUGGACUCGGCGGCCGCCGGGGACCUGACGGAUGCGCUGUGCGAGUUUGACGCGGUGCUGGCCGACUUCGCGUCGCCCUUCCACGAGCGCCACUUCCACUACGAGGAGCACCUGGAGCGCAUGAAGCGGCGGAGCAGCGCCAGCGUGAGCGACAGCAGCGGCUUCAGCGACUCCGACAGUGCAGAUUCGCUCUAUAGGAACAGCUUCAGCUUCAGUGAUGAAAAACUGAAUUCUCCAACAGACGCUGCUCCAGCUCUUCUCUCCCCCACCGUCCCUCCUCGGAAAGCUAAACUAGGAGACACGAAAGAGCUAGAAGACUUUAUUGCUGAUCUUGACAGAACAUUAGCGAGUAUGUGAAACAAGGAGAAGUUCUGGGUCCUUUCAUCCUAAGGGAGAAGCUUCGGAAAGCUCCGAGGACCCUGGUAAACUCAGCUACGGAAUUUGCUGCCAGAGCAGACAGAGAUGAGAACUCACCUACCAGCAGGCCAUUCUCAGACUCGUUCUGAAACCAGCCUUUGAUCAUCUCUGGGCAAUUUAGAGAGUGAAACUGACUUUGUUGACCAGCUUGCAGCAUAUUAGAACAGAUGACCCAUGCUAAUAUUGUAUUUUCUCUCAAAACAUAGCUUUCCUGUAAUUUAAAGUGCAUUUAUGGAGAUAUUUGUAAUUAAUUAUAUAUAGUUGGAAACAGUAAUAUGCUUUUCCCAGUAUAUUUUUGUAUGCAAAUAAAAUUUGAACUGGAGUCUG